AUCUGUAGACAGUCUUCCCUGUCUGAAAGACAUCAGUGACCUACUUGAUGGUCACUUGAUAUCAGAAUGCAGGUAGUGAAUGGAGGAGACCCUUAUUGCCGAGAGGUGAUUCGCUUUGCAGUGCUUUGCAGAGCUGUUACACUGGUGCUCCAGGCCCUUUUCAAUCUUCUGAUCCCAGAUCAUGCUGCGGACGCCUUCUCUCCACCCCGUUUGUCUGAGCCUGGGCUCUGUGACUGGCUCGUGGAAUGGCUGCUGGGCGGCCUGUCACGCUGGGAUGCGGCGCACUUCCUCUUCAUCGCUGAGCACGGCUACGUGUACGAGCACAACUGUGCCUUCUUCCCUCUGUUUCCCUUGAGUCUACGUGCAGCAGCAGGAACGGUGCUGUGGCCUCUCCAGGGUGUUUUGUGUUUCCGAAGCCGGCUGCUCCUUUCUGCGGUUCUCUUCAAUGCCAUCUUCUCCGUCUUGGCCUCGUGGGUCCUGUAUGAGCUGGGCUGCGUUGUCCUGCAGUGCCGCAGACAGGCCUUCUUGUCGGCCAUCCUCUUCUGCAUCACCCCUGCCAGUGUCUUCAUGGCAGCUGCUUAUUCAGAGAGCAUGUUUGCCCUCCUGGCAUUUGGCGCCAUGUGGCAGCUAGAGAAAAGGCGUUUGUGGACAAGCACCCUCCUGUUUUCACUCGCCAGUGGUGUGCGUUCCAAUGGCGUGAUCAAUGCUGGGUUCCUCAUUUAUGCCCAGACAAAACACUUUGCCUCCCAGCUCCAAACGAGGACUGGAGUUGCACGCUUGCUGGUCUUAGGUCAACUUCCAACCUUAGUAGUGUCUGUGGCCUUGAUGUGCACCUCUAUUUUCCUACCCUUUGCUUUGUUUCAAUUCUAUGCCUACUUCUGGUUCUGCAGUAGCAAUGUUGGCUCUGAAUACGUCGUGCCAAGGCCACUCUUACAGCUAGCUGUGGAUAUGGGAUACCGCUUAGCCUUUUUGAAUGGUGCGAAACCAUCAUGGUGCUCUUGGGAUUAUCCUAUGGUCUAUGCCUACAUUCAAGACACUUACUGGAAUGUGGGCUUUCUCCGGUAUUAUGAGGCCAAACAGAUUCCAAAUUUCCUACUAGCUGCACCAACUAUCAUGCUGGGCUCUUGGGCGGCCUGGUGCUAUGUUGCUUCAAAUCCCUGGCACUGCCUAACUCUUGGUCUGGCCAGGAGAGAGACUGGAAGAGCAACAGCAGAAUUCUCCGCCAAGCCUACUGUUGGGUUUUGCUCUCCUGGUGUAUUUGUUUACAUCGUCCAUUCGACAGCUCUGUUGAUACUUGGGACCUUUUGCAUGCACGUACAGGUUCUUACCAGAUUUUUGGGUUCUUCCUCUCCAGUCCUUUAUUGGUUCUCUGCCCAUCUGCUUCAUACCCACGAACCUUUGUUACAGAACAGGGAUCCGUCCACAUCACAUGCUGCACCUCACUUAGAUGAGCCCUCCUUGGGAAGGCCUUUUCCUGCCUGGAACAGAAAUGAAAACCCUGUGCUAAGACUACUGAAGAACUGGAGACAGACCACUGUUCUCACCCAGUGGAUUCUGGGAUAUGCUCUUUCCUAUUGGUUGCUGGGGCUGGCUCUUCACUGUAACUUCUUUCCUUGGACAUGAGCGCUUGACUUGCCAGCUGGCUUCCCCAUGGGAACAAAAUGGCUGGCCACAGUAUACAUCUUUCAGCUGGGCACUCUUCUGGAGCUGAGAGAUGUCUUUUAGGAAGCAUUGUUCUUUCAUGGUGCAUUAAAACGAGUCCACAAUGGAUAUAGAUUGUGCAUACUUAAUCACCAUUAUGUUGCCAGCCAUAGUGGGAAAAUUCUUGGAUGGCAGCUUUUGUUAAAUACAAAAACAGUACACAAAAUUUAAAGUGUAAAAAAAAAGAAGCUGCUUUCACGCAUGGAUGUUUCCCCUGUAUGGAGGACAGUGUGCCCCCAUAUUUUGCAGGAGCUGCCACACAACAUUUUGCUAAUUCCAAGUAGAAUUCUUGGACCUCUUGCGGCUUCUGUUUCAAACAGAGAUAUAGGGCAGCUACAGGUGAAACUGUCUGUGUAGAAGCUCUCCCUGCAGCCAGUCCAGGGAAUUCCACUUUUCCUUCAUAUUCUUCAGACCUUUACAAAAUUUCUUUUCACAGCUAAGCGAACACUGUGGCUCGGCUGUGAAGGGG